AAACACGCUUGGCCUAACAGAGAAGUGAUACGCCCUGUAAUGAAUCGGUACAAUAAUUCCCUGUCUUUGUGUGAGUAUUUUUUUACUCUUUUUUCAUUUUGUGGUACAAUAAUUCCGUGGGAUGUUCCUGUCUUGGCCUCCCCUGUUCUCCCCUCCCUCAUUCAUUAUUUUUCCACCCUCUCAAAAUCCUAAUCCUCUCCGUUUCGUUCUUGGCUCGCUCCACGAGGCUCAAAGUUUUUCCCUUCUUUGAUCUUUCGCUGAUCCUGAUCGAUCUGCUAUACUCCUCUGUCCUUCCAUCAUUAUCACAUUCUCAACCUCACUAGAAAUAAAAUACAAUCAACAUUCGGCAGAGAGAGAGAUUGACAAAUGUGACAACACAUGUUGUAGUUUGUAGCCUCCUCUGUUCACUCGCUGUACGCUGAUUUCAUCUUAUUUCUUAGUUUUGGGCAAAAGUACAAAGGAGAAAAUGAUCUAUCCCUCCAUUGCCAUCUCAAUCACUCAACACUUUUCUACUCAUCGUUGCUUGUCUUGAUUGAGUUUUCUACCGGUAUAUAUUGUUGCCUGGAUCGGAUCAAUUUUCUCAGCUGCAAAGUGCAAAACUCCAUCGCAUUAUGGUGUGCUGUCAUCGCCUUGCUGUUUCUAUUCUUGUCAUUGUGAUUUCCACCUCGUCCCAGUUCAGAUUGUUCGGGAUUGCUGAAGGCAGAAAAAUGGCCCAAACAGCUGGCAAUUUCCAGACAGUGGAGGAAGAUAAGAAGACAAUGUGGAGAGCCCAGAUCGGUUCGAGGCCGCCGCAGUGCGAGCGGAGGUGCAGUUCUUGCGCCCACUGUGAAGCCAUUCAAGUGCCGACAAACCCGCAAACAAGGAGCGCAAUCGAGAACUCAGCCUCAGGUUCUUCCGCCGCCGACGCCAGAGGCGACGACCACUCCAACUACAAGCCCAUGAGCUGGAAAUCUCGCAUUGGCGAUCAAUCAUACGCAGCUCUGAUUUCUGGGGUUUUGAGAUAUUGUAGCAGAGAUUCUGAUGCGUACAAUGCUGUUACGCAUAUUAAAGGGGAGAUACGCAUUGAAUGAGGAUGAAAGAUUUGGUUGGACUGUGAAAAGCAGAUGGAGAUUCUUUCUCCGGCCCUCAUUCACUGUGUGUGUUUGUGUGUGUUGGGAGAGUACUGAUUUUAGCACAGGGAACCAUAUUGCGUUUGGGUCUUUCUUUCUCAGAAAGCUGUGCUUUCUGACCAAUAAUGUUAACACGCAACGCAACAGCAAGUUACCCUUAUUAGGUAGAUUUAUUGUAGGGUUAUGGGCAGCAGUGACUAGUGAGUGAUUGUAGCGGAAUGAUUUCUUGAUUUUCA